AUGGCUAAAGUCAUUUGCUACAUUGUGGGAAAUGAUAUAUCUGGAACAGUAACUUUGACGCAAGAAACUCCUUUUUCAAACACAAUAAUUGAUGGAACAAUCAAGGGAUUGCCCAAAGGAAAGCAUGGAAUUAGCAUUAAUACCUUUGGUGAUUUAACAGAUGGAUUUCGUCGUUGUGGUAGCCCUCAUUUCAACCCUUUUGGAAAACGCCAUGGAAGUCCUAACAGUGAUGAAAGACACGUUGGAAGUUUAGGAAAUAUUAGUUCAGACGGAUAUAUUGCAACAUUUCACAUAGAAGAUUCCUUAGUCCAGGUGAUGGGACCUUUUUCCGUUAUUGGAAGGUCGAUUAUUGUAUACGAAAACGAGGACGAUCUUGGACUUGGUUCGAAUCGAGAUAGUAGCAUUAACGGGAAUGUAGGGAAGGCUAUUGCUGGAGGAGUGAUUGGAAUCGCAGCUUUUUGA